UGAGGAGGAGCAGCUAUUGUGCACGGGAGGCAACGUGCUGGAGUUUCUCUCUGAAAAAAAAAAAAACAGCAGACUCACGUUUUCCGAGGAUUACAAGGAACUAGGAAAGUCAUGCCUGCAGCAGAGCCAGAUAAUUAUUGACAGCCCAAAGUAUGUUCAAGUAAAGAAUAGCAACAUAUAGCUUUGGAAAUAAAAUAUAUUAAAAAUAUAUUUGUAUUUGUAAAAAUAUGUUUUUAUGUAAAAGCAAAGUCUUUCGUCUUCUGCUCGGUAAAAUAAAAAUAAUAUGAAUAAAAAAAAACAUUACUAUCAGUGUAGAGAAACAAGUGUGGGCGUGUCUCAUUAAUAGUAAACGCUUAUUAUUCAUGAGGCACGCCGAGUCCCGCGAUGUGUGACGUCACGUGAACUGCCCGUGUCCGUUCCAGCUGAGCGCGAGAGGCAGAGGACGCUCGGACCAACGCAAAUCCAAGCCCGUGCGCCCGUGACUGCAAUCACCGGAUGCGAGAGGGAAAAAAAAAAGUACAGACAGAGAGAGGAAACGACCCCCUCCUCCUUUACCGACUGGCAGCAGAGCGCGACAGCAGAGAGGAGCAGCAACACAAGUUGUCAUCUGACCAACGCAAAACACUGCUCUCCUUUUUGCUGGGGUUUCUUUGCUCCUCAACUGAAGAAAUCGUUUUGGGAUUUCGUUUUCGAUUCAGUCGGGAUUUCGUUGUGGUUUUUUAAAUUUGAUUUUUUUGGUGUGUGCGUAGUGUGAAGCUGUCACUGCGUUCUUCCUUUUUGGACAUUUUUCCUGCUCUUUUGGCUUGACUGUCCCUCCCACUCAGGAGAAGGAAAACAACUUGCUUCAAUAUAUCCAACAGCAAUGGAGCACUUUGAGGGAAUUCAUUUUUCCAGGAAAUAAAGUCAACAGAACAAGAAUUAAAAGAAUACCUUUCCUAUUGGUAGAUACUGUGGUCAAUUUGAGUCACCCCUUCCAGCGCCCCAGGUGUCUCUUUACUGACCCGAUCUAAGCCCAGGAUGUCCAGACAGCUCACUCAGCUUGUGACCCCUGACCUCCCUGCUGGGGCAAGCCCACAGUUUGGAAGUUGCACUAAACCUACAGGCUCGCUCACAGGUGGACACGUCAACUCCAUGGCUGGUUUGAAAUCCCUCCUGCAGCACCCCAUGAAGGGAGACCACCGUUUAAAGAACACAUGUGACACCAAAGACAAAGACAGACUGGACCUUGAUGAGGAUUCCUUGGGAGUAUGUUCCAUGAGGAACAGCAAUGGAGCAGUCAGCAACAGCAAUGGCUGUGGAGGAGGAGGAGGAGGAGGAGGAGGUGGUGGUGGAAAUGGAGGAAACUACAACCAGUUCCUGGGGCCUCUCAUGUGGGACCGCACCUUACCUGCAGAUGGGGGGCUCUUCCAGCUUCAGUACAUGGACUUGGAGGAGUUUCUCACUGAAAAUGGAAUGGGCAGCAUGCACAGCAACAACAGCUCCAGUUCCGCCCAAAUCCCAUCGCAGAGCUCCCAGUCAGCCGUGCCCAACCAGAGUUCCCAGUGCCUACCGCCCUCAUCUCCAUCCGGAUCUUCGUCCUCAUCCCCCUCUUCCUCAUCGUCCCCAUCCCUCAUCGGUCUGGAGGUGGCUCAGCCGCAGGGCCUUGGAGGAGCAACCGACUGUCUUCACGGAAGUCAAACGAGUAUGACUGACACCUGUGAGUCACCUUCGUCCUCCUGUUCCUCCUCGUGUCCGCCUUUGCUGACGCCCAGUGACAGCGGGCCUGAUGGCAUCGAGAUGUUUGACAUGGACGGUUCAGACAUGUCCAUGUCCGACGCCCAAGCUCAGCAGAACUAUGACCCCAGAAGGCAAUCUUUCAGUGAAGAAGAGCUGAAGCCGCAGCCGAUGAUCAAGAAGGCCCGGAAGAUUCUGGUGCCUGAUAACAUGAAGGAUGAGAAGUACUGGUCCAGGAGGCAUAAAAAUAAUGAAGCAGCAAAGCGCUCCCGGGAUGCACGCCGUCUCAAGGAGAACCAAAUCUCUGUGCGUGCUGCCUACCUGGAGAGGGAGAACGCCGCCCUCCGACAGGAGGUGGCAGAGAUGCGGAAAGAACUGGGUCGGUGUCGCAACAUCCUUAGUAAAUACGAGAACCAUCUCUCUGACCAGUGAUGGCAACCCAGAGGCAAAGCAAGAAGAAGAGGAGCCUAAAAUUUGAAGACUCUGAUUCCCUGGAAUGGCGCAAUAGACUAAAAGGGGGUUGAGAUGUUGACGAUGAUGACGAGGAAGGUGAUAAUCAUGAUGACAAAUGUAUAAAACACAGAGAAGGUUGGUGUGUCGAAGCUCAGGUGUCUCGUUUUGUUUAAGGUGUCAGCUCUGAAAGUGAUUGACGGAGCGAAUAAUUUAACAGAUGAGAGAUGUUACUUUUAAGAGUUUUGCUAUGGAGAAUUGUAUAUUUUUAUAAUACUUAAGAAAAAAUUUAGAGGGGGUGCAAAUCUGGAGAACAAUUUUGUACAUUUUUUACGUGUUUGGGAUAGAAAGACGGAGGAAAGCUAUGGUAAAUAUUUUAUUUUCGAUGCGUCAGGAGAUGCCAUGUUGUGAGGCAUCUGUAUGGCUUGAUGUUGUGUUCGCGGUGCAGCAGCAGGGCUCAGGAAGCAUGUAACAAGUGUAAUAUAGAGAGCAAAAUUAACUUAAAAUCGUAUAGUUCAACAUUUUUUGGAUUUACUCGAGCACUUAUUUUUCCCCCACCUGUCAUGUGUCUGUCACUGGGCAUGCAUUGUAGAGACAUGAGUUGGGGGAUGGGGACGCCAUUUAAACGCUUCAGUCCCGCUCUCAGUACUUUCCCAGAUGAGGUUGCACUCUUUUCUUUUUCAUCAACCUCUUUCUUUUACUGACAGUAUUUACUCUUUUUGCCGGGGUUUUACUCAAACCGACGGGUGCAUCUUUUCUGGGUCUAUUUUGUUCGGUUCCCGUGGAGUGAUUUCAGUGCACUCUGGCGUUUUUUGUGCUGGUGAAAACGCGUUUGUGGAGCCCCGCUAGCCUCUUCUCCCCAGCGUCUGCUCUGAAUCUUUCUCCACGCCUCCGUCUGGCUCAGACUUCCUCCCCGUUCUGAGCAAAACCCUUCCCCGUCACACGUCGUCCCCUGACGUACCUCCACGGUGCAAAAGAGGAUCUUAAUCUCAGUGUUGUAACAUACUCUAACAUGGUAAGAAAUCCUCCCAUUAAGAUGCACAUCACUACUUUACUGUAAUAAAUGAAACUCACUUUAAUUAUCAUCAUAAAUGGGAGGGAGAAUGUUGUGUAUAUUGAAUAGGCCUAUGCUGUUUUAUGUAUUUGAUGUAUUUCAGGAGAUGGGUUUGAAAAGCCCCAUUGAGUGGAAUGGUGUUAAUUUCUCAGAUUUCUGGGAGAAAUAAAAGCCAAAUUUUCCUUAUUUUUUCCACAAUGCUUGUUGCUAUUUGGUGCAUUAUUUUCCUCCAUUUUUCUCCCUUUUUUGUGGUUUCUAUUAACUUCUCUGUGUACCCAAAACGCCUGCACGGGGUCACGAGUACUCAAUGUUAUGUUUCUAGAGAAGGGAUGAUUAGUAUAGAGUUUGAUUUAAAUCUCUUUAAUGACCAUGAUAAAUAGUUACCAUUACAGCUGUUUUUAUUGUUAUGAUGAUUAUCCCUCUUAUUGUUGUUUUUUUCUUCUUUCUUUUGGAUAAAAUGAUCUGUUACACCUUUACAAAACAUCUCUGAUCUACAUUGUUCCUGAGAAAGACUGUUCAAAUAAUAAUAAUGAUAAUAUGAUUAAAAAAACAAACAAACUUGGACGUCCAGCAUCAUUCAUUUUUCCUUCGAAUGUUGCUGCCGCAGCCUCUGACCACAGGAUCCUAGAAAUGUGGCUCAGCGACUUGGACAUGAUGUUCAGGAGGACUUCCACAAUUUCCCAGCCUCGUCUGGACGAGGGCCGAUCUGCUCCCUGCUGGUUCCUCCCGGUGUCCAUCACCUCACUCAGUGAUUGUUUGCUCUCCUAACAGGAUGUAGUCUCUGAAAACCUUCACAGACGUUGGCUGACCCAUCCUGUAGUGACACUAACUAAUCAGCCGCCUCUGCUGCAUCCAUGCUGUUUGGUGCAGAGCCCGCCAGUCACUGCUAGUUUCUUUGGAUGUAGUUGAAAUUUUCCUCGAACACCAAUAAACGAUUGUUCUCAA